AUGGCCCUCCACAUGAGUACAUGUUUUGUCUACUUUGGUACUAUGAGAGAAGACAAAAACAGAAGCCUCCGAUCGAAAGCCGCCUCCGAGUUGGACGGCCAUGGCGUCAGCGGCGAGCAGCAACCGGGCAGGUCUGUCCUCCUCCUCGUCUCCCUCGCCACGCUCCUCCUCGUCUUCGUCUCCGCCGUGGAGUGUUACGGCGGGCGGCAUGCCGUGGCGCACUCGGCCGUGGCGCGUCGCUCCCGCCUGGGGACCCGGCACGUGCACCACCGCCGGACCACGGUGCCGCACCGAUACAUCCUCGCGGAGAAGGGCAGCCCGACCGGCGGCGGCCCCAAGAACCACAGCAGCUCCCCUGCGACGGCCAACAACGCCAGCGCGCCGGCGCCGGCGCCUCCGGCCGGCUCGCAGACCGAUGGCCGGCACCACCGCAGGAGCCACAAGCACCGGGUGCGCAACUGGAUCAUCGGCUUCGUGGUGGGUUCCCUGGCGGGCGUCAUCUCCGGGCUGGUGCUGUCGGUGCUGUUCCGGAUGGCGCUCAACUGCAUCCGCGGGCGGUACCGGUCGCGGUCGGGCGUGAUGAUCUUCACCCCGAAGCUGAUCCGGCGGCCCGAGCACCUGGCGUUCCUGGAGAAGGAGGACGGGCUGGCGUCGCUGGCCGUGAUCGGGCGCGGCGGGUGCGGGGAGGUGUACAAGGCGCAGCUCCCCGUGGAGCGGGAGGGCGAGGAGCCCCGGUUCAUCGCCAUCAAGAAGAUCAAGAAGCACGGCGGCGACGCGCCGGCCAACAACAACCUGAGCGACGAGGAGAGCCGGCAGCUGGACAAGCGGUCGCGGCAGAUCCAGUCGGAGAUCCGCACGGUGGGCCACAUCCGGCACCGCAACCUGCUGCCGCUAGCGGCGCACGUGCCGCGCCCGGACUGCCACUACCUGGUGUACGAGUACAUGAAGAACGGCAGCCUGCACCACGCGCUGAAAGCCGGCACACACACAGAGGUUGACGGCGCCGAGGACGGCAACAGCAACACCGGAGGAGGCACCGGCACCGCUGCCGCCGGGGGGCUGUCGUGGCCCGCGCGUCUCCGCGUGGCGGUGGGCGUGGCGGCGGGGCUGGAGUACCUUCACCUCUCCCACCAGCCGCAGAUCAUCCACCGCGACCUGAAGCCCGCCAACAUCCUGCUGGACGACGACCUGGAGCCCCGCAUCGCGGACUUCGGCCUCGCCAAGGCGAUGCCGGACUCUCACACGCACGUGACGGCGUCCAACGUGGCCGGCACGCUGGGGUACAUCGCGCCGGAGUACUACCAGACGGUGAAGUUCACGGCCAAGUGCGACGUGUACAGCUUCGGGGUCAUCCUGGCGGUGCUGGCCACGGGAAAGGAGCCGUCUGACAAGUUCUUCACGGAGACGGAGGAGGUGGUCGGCCUCGUCAAGUGGUUGCGCCGCGUCAUGGAGAGCGGGGAGCACGCGCAGGCCAUCGACCCGGCCAUCGCCGGCGCCGGCCACGACGAGCAGAUCCUGCUUCUGCUGCGCAUCGCCUUGUUCUGCACCAAGGACGACCCCAAGGAGCGGCCCUCCGCCAAGGACGUCCGCUGCAUGCUGUCGCAGAUCAAGACCUAG